UAGGCAGCUCCUUCCUCUCUCAUGCCUUGGCGCCUCCAUCGAGACCAAUGGGCCGAGCUGAGGAAGUCUGUUGUCUAUGGACGGGUGAUCAUCCGAGUGGGCGCCGGUUCAGGCCUGCCAUUCUGUGGGGGGUGGUGACCGGGCGAACUCUCAGAUGCCUCAGCACCCCCCCACGCCUUUCCCCCAGGCAGAACGAGAUCUUGUGGAGGGAGGUGGUGACGCUGCGGCAGAGCCACGGUCAGCAGCACCGGGUCAUUGGCAAGCUGAUCCAGUGCCUCUUUGGGCCACUUCAGGCGGGGUCCAGCAGCGCAGGAACUAAGAGAAAGCUGUCCCUGAUGCUGGAUGAGGGGUGCCCAACACCAGCCAAAUUCAACGCCUGCCCCCUACCUGGUGCCCUCCUGCAGGACCCCUACUUUAUCCAAUCGCCUCUCCCAGAGACCACCCUGGGCCUCAGCAGCCCUCACAGGGCCAGGGGCCCCAUCAUCUCUGACAUUCCGGAAGACUCUCCAUCCCCUGAAGGAACCAGGCUUUCUCCCUCCAGUGGUGGCAGGAGGGAGAAGGGCCUGGCACUGCUCAAAGAAGAGCCAGCCAGCCCAGGGGGGGAAGGCGAGGCCGGGCUGGCCCUGGCCCCAAACGAGUGUGACUUCUGCGUGACAGCACCCCCACCGCUGCCUGUGGCUGUGGUGCAGGCCAUCCUGGAAGGGAAAGGGAGCCUUAGCCCCGAGGGGCCCAGGAGUGCCCAGCAGCCUGAACCAAGAGGCCCCAGGGAGGUUCCUGACAGGGGGCCUCUGGACCUGGAGAGAGGAGCCCGGAGCCCGGAGAGUCUGUUGCCUCCAAUGCUGCUUCGGGCCCCCCCUGAAGGUGUGGAGCCUGCAGGGCCCCUAGAUGUGCUGGGCACCAGCCUCCAGGGGCGGGAGUGGACUCUCAUGGACUUAGACAUGGAGCUGUCCCUGUUGCAGCCCUUGGUUCCAGAGAAGGGUGAGACUGAGCUGGCGGUCAAGGGGUUAAAUUCUCCAGGGCCAGGGCUGGCGCGUGGCCACUGCGACCUCCGGGAAGCGGGGACUUUUGGGGUCACACCCAGCACCGCAGUGCAUCCGUUCUGUGAGCCUGGCCCUGGCCGGCCCGCCCCCGCCGCAGCUGCUGCUUCCAUCUCCACCGCGCCCGGCCCUUUCUGCCUCGUCAUCUCCUCCCCAGCCAAGGCUCGACCAGUGAGUGGGGCCGCCGGGAGCGCACGGACCGGCUGCGGUAGGGAAGAGAAACUGAGUUUGGGCAAAAUCCGCGCCCCACCAAAACCAGCCGCACCCGAAGGAGCCCCCACCAUGGGCAACACGCAGGAGAGGCCAUCAGAGACGAUCGAUCGCGAGCGGAAACGCCUGGUAGAGACGCUGCAGUCGGACUCGGGGCUGCUGCUGGAUGCGCUGCUGGCACGGGGCGUGCUCACCGGGCCCGAAUACGAGGCGUUGGACGCGCUGCCUGAUGCCGAGCGCAGGGUACGCCGCCUGCUGCUGCUGGUGCAAAGCAAGGGCGAAGCCGCCUGCCAGGAGCUGCUGAGCUGCGCCCAGCGAACCGUGCGCGCGCCCGACCCCGCCUGGGACUGGCAGCACGUGGGCACGGGCUACCGAGAACGAAGCUACGACCCUCCAUGCCCAGGCCACUGGACUCCUGAGGCAGCUGGCUCAGGGACCGCAUGCCCCUGGCUGCCCAGAGCUUCAGAUUGCGAUGAGGCCCGGGGUCCUGAGGACUCCGAGGCAGCGCAAUCCGGAACCGUCGAGGAAACUGAGCCAGAGCUGGAAGCUGAGACCUCUGAAGGGGCUGAGCCGGAGUUGGAGCCCCAAAUGGAUCCUGAACCAGAGCCAGGGACAGAACCUGAGCCAGAGCUGGAAGCUGAGACCUCUGAAGGGGCUGAACCGGAGUUGGAGCCCCAAAUGGAUCCUGAACCAGAGCCAGGGACGGAACCAGAGCCCGACCUGGAGCCGGAGCCCGACCUAGAGGCUGGGGACGAAUCUGAAGAUUCCUGAAAGCCUUAAAGCUGACAGGCCGCUCCUCGCCCUAGCAGGAUGGGAUCUAGGAUCCUGCCCUGCCGGGGUCAGAUGCCACGAAGCCUCCCUCUGUCCCAGUACCACUGAAAGUGAAUAAACUCUGGAGGGUCAGCUUGGA